AUGGCCAAGACACCAAAGUCAUCCAAAGUGAGUUGUGGUUGGAUUUGCCGUAGCCGAAUCCUAGUCUUCCUGCUUUUGGUACAGGUGUUUUUGAUUUGUUGUUUCUUCGGGCUUCAUGGUGUGCUUCCACAUCACAAUGGAUGCUCCACUCCCAAAAGUACAGAGGGCUACAUGGUUCAGGAGCAGCAGCUCCAUCGAGAGGAUUUCUAUGUGGAGGUACACUGUGCUGAAGGAUAUCACGGUAGGGCCAAAGCUUUGCCCUGCUUGCAUUUGUCACAACCUUACAAGCUGACUGGAUGUCAUAAGGGCAUCGACAUCGAACACGUUCAUCGAGAGAAGAAGGAGAAAACGCCCAUCGUCACAGGUCCACCUGGGAAAUAUCACCUGGACCUUCGCUUGCCGGAGGACAUCCUAUCGCAAAAGUCUCUGAAGGAGCAGAAAGCGAUGUUCAAACAGUAUGGCUUCAACCUGAAAAAGAGUAAUGAGAUGGGCUUAGUCCGUCCCACGCGUGACCUGCGCAAUGCGCAGUGCCAGGCGCGGCAGUACCCGGAGGUCUCGGCGCUGCCGAAGGCUUCGGUCAUCAUCAUCUUUUUCAACGAAGCCUUGUCCACUCUGCUGCGCAACGUCAUGAUGGUCUUCAAUCUCACUCCAGAGGAACUUCUGGGAGAGGUUCUGCUGGUGGAUGACCACAGUGACCUGGAGGAGCUGAAACUGCUACCAGAGCACUUGGAACGUCUCAAGGGGAUAGUUCCUCCCGAGAAAGUGCGAUUGGUGCAUCGCGACAGCCACGACGGCAUCGUGGCGGCACGGAACUUGGGUGCCAAGGAAGCGAGGUUCCCGGUGAUUGUCAUCCUGGAUUCGCACGCUGAAGUCACAGUUGGAUGGUUGGAGCCUCUACUGGCCCGCAUCCAUGAGGACCGGAAGCGUGUGGUUGUGCCGAACAUUGUCGCCAUUGAUAUCCACAAUUUGGAUUUCUUAGGUGGCAACGGCGCGUGGCCCCCGGUGCGCGGCAUCUUCAAUUGGCGCCUGACCUUCAUCGGCGCUGCCGCCGACAUGGACAGCGAUCUACCCGAGAAGGAUGUUGACAAGAAGGCAUCAGUCUGGCGCUCUCCAGUGAUGCCUGGGGGGCUUUUCGCCAUGGACCGUGAGUACUACUGGGAACUUGGGGGCUAUGAUCCUGAGAUCCGCUACUAUGGUGCCGAGCAUGUGGAGAUGUCCUUUCGCAUUUGGAUGUGCGGUGGAACUUUGGAGGUCAACCCAUGCUCCAACAUUGGACACAUCUAUCGUGAGUUUGACCGUUUCGGGGUGGACCGUCAACUGAAGAGUGACAUCGGAAAGGUCUUGGAUCGCAACGAUGCCCGAGUGGCAGAUGUUGGGACGAAUACGAAGAACUGUUCUUCAAAUAUAGAAACAUGA